AAGAGAGAAAUCACCACACUUUGUACUAAACCUGCUUAUUAGUUUCUUAACUAGCCUUGUUUUUGUGUUAUUUUGCAUGGCUUCCAAGCAAGAACCAAAGCUCUCUUUGACCCUUCUAGUGGACAAAGAAAGAAACUGUGUGGUUGUGGCUGAAGCAAGUGGAGACUUGAUAGACAUAUUGUUCAGUUUUCUCACCCUUCCACUCGGAACUAUCAUAAGGCUUGUGUCGAAAAAGCAAGGGCACGACGAAGCAGACGAAAUUGGUUGCAUAAACAAUUUGUACCAAAGCUUGGAAAAUUCUGGUGAUGAGGUUUUCUGGAACCAUAUUUGCAAGAGAAUGUUGCUUUGUCCACGCAACCCUUGCGAAGCACUUUGCCAGAAACUGAAGGUGAAGUUGGAUGAUACAAAGCCAAUGAAGUACUUCAUGUGUAGCAGCAGGUGUAGAAGGGGUGGUGAUUGGUUCUUGAGUACUUUUGCUGAGGCUAGUUGCCACUGUGGGAAAUUGAUGGACAAAGAAAUGAAGCAGCAUGGAGAUUCUAAUGAGGGAACUCAUGGAGAUGGUGUUUUUGUUAAGGGACAAACCAUGUACUUGAUCUUUGAUGAUUUAAGGGUGUUAGAAAGCUCUCCUGGUAACUCUGCUCAGCAACUUGUCCAACUUGGCUACAAAAACUUCCAGAAGCUGAUAAAAAGGUCCCUAAACGUUGGAAUAAAGGAGAUUUUGGACAUACUAAAGCAUGCAUUAACCUCCAAAUCUCCUCUUAGCGACGUAUUCUUAGGAAAUGGAGUAUCUAAGCGGAUGUGCGCUUUCUCACCAAAACCUAGACCAGAAAAUCAAGGCUGGAAAAAUUACAAUUCCAUGAUAAACAUUAAGGUAACAGUGAGAAAAUCAAAGAAAACGAUACUGUAUGCUGAAUCUGAGGGAGAUUUUGUUGAUUUUCUAUUCAGCUUCCUCACAACACCUCUUGGAUCUAUUCUAAAGCUAUUGGAUGGAAACUUUUCUCUGGGGUGUAUGAAUAGCUUGUACGAAAGUGUGAAGGAUCUCAAUCCAUCAUGGUUCACAAAUCCUUCAGGAACUCCUUUACUUAACCUCCGGGUGGCUCCUCAAUUCGGUUGCAAGAGGCAGCCAACACAACUUUGUGAAGAAGACACUCCUUGUUACUGGUAUGGCACAGGAGUAAUUAAAAGUAACAUAUGCUAUUCCAUUGGGAAUGGAGUGGUUUCAAAAGAUCAUAGUCUGAUACAACAUCCAGGGGCAAUGAAACUUUUUGAUCCAAGAUCCCCUAAUGGCACAAAAGAGUCCUCUGUAGGCUUUGUGAGGAGGCCAUCACUAUUUGUUGUGUGGAAUGAUCUGCAAGUAACACCAUUGGCAAAUACUUCCAGCAUUUCAUUGCUGCAAAAGCUGAAUGUUCCAUUGGAUAAUUUGGAGGAGCAUGAGCUGAGAAUUGGGGAAAUAGAGGCACUAAACCUGCUGGGAGCUUCUUUGACUUCCAAAGCUGCUUUGACAGAAGGUUUGUUCUAUCUCCUGAGGAAGCCAAAGGAAGAAGCUAAAGAUUGAAUUUUAUUUUUAUUUUUCAGUUUGUUGUUUAGAAGCGGAAUAAUAGAGCAUAUUAUUAUGUGUCAAUAGUCAUGUAUCUUAUUCAUUUUGGAGCAUUGAAUAGUGGUCCAUGUGAACUUUAAACUCGUUUGCUCUAAGCUGGAUCAAAUGAUCAUUGGUUAAAAUGUUUGUGAUCCUUGAUAUAUAUGAGUUUUGUAUUAAUUUUUUGAUAAUUUUUUUUUAUUUUUGCUCUCUAAUAUUUGAAAAUUUUUGUCAUAGGUCCCUGACUUUAGCUUCUGUCAAUUUAGUGUUAAUGUGCCCAUUAAGUUAACAUGUUACCAUGCCACGUAUGUUGCCACAUAUUCUUGAAGGAUGACUUUAUAGGAGCAAAUGCAAAAACCCCUAAAAUUAUAGGGAGUAGAUGCAGAAACCCUGAAGUUAUAGGGAGCAAAUACAAAACACUAACUCAUCCUUCGGGCACAUGUGUGACAACAUAUGUGACAUGCUGACGUGUAACUUAACAGACAUGUUAGCAUCAAAUCGACAGAAGCUAACGAUAGGGGCUUAUGACAAAAAAAUCAAAUAUUAGGGAGCAAAAAUGAAAGAAAAAUUUAUCAGGGAGCAAAUGUAAAACUUGGGUACAUAUCAGGAAACAUUAACAUAUUUUAACCAAUGAUCCUUAAUUUGUUCGUAAACUCUGAAAGUGCUACAAAACGCUACCUUCUUAUUUGGCUAAAAUAUGUUUGUGAUCCCUAAUAAAUACUCGAAUUUUUUGU